AAUUAAUAACAUACUAGUAGCUGGGCAUCGACCAUACGGAGUACUACGUAUUAUAUUUGAAGUGAAUUAUUUAUCAGUAAAUAGUUGAGGGGCGGGCGGGCAGUAUAGAAAAUGAAGACACUACUAUUUGUUAUUAUGAUUGGAGUGAGCACGUUGAUGUGGCUUAUGAAUGUGCCUGCCGGAGGGCGGUGGCCGGGGGUUGAUGCUGCUGAAGCGGUGCAUGCGGCCGCCAAGGUGGAUGAUCAGCAGCCGCCUCCUGCAGGCACGCCGCCCUGGGUCUAUACUUUUGGACCGCCGCCGCCGCCGAAUCAUCAUAAUAAAAUGUAUAUGAGAAUCAUAUUCAUUGCAUCAGGAAUCAUUUUUCUCUGCGUCGUAGCGCUCGUAAUUAUAUACAUGCCCAAGAAGAAGAAGAAAGCUGACCCGGGGAAGUGAUAGUAUAUUCAAUUCUCUGACCAAAUUAAUUAAUCGCUCGAUCACAUAAUUAAAUAUCCGGCGCCCGGCCGGCCAGCUAUAUAUAUUUUGUUGUUUUUGCUAGCUCCCGAUCGACUCAUCGGGCGGUAUACAUUUGCAUCACACACGUCUUCGAUCACUUCAGUUUUCAAUAUGUUUUUACUCUUUCUAUCGAUUUUAUCCAACACCUACGUUAAUUAAUUAAUUGGUCAGCUUUGGUAUGGUAUCCAGCGUUUCCCCAAAUGACGUCUUUCAUUUAUGUUUGUACUCUACAAUGCAUUUAUGCAUGCAAUGUCAUUUUUCAUUAGUACUGUUACUAUUAUUGAUUAUUAUUAUGAUAUUAUCAUGUUCAUCCAUAAUUAUAUAUUGUUCAAAAUAAAUUGAGAUAAUAUAUAUAUAAAAACAUAAACUUUUAAAAUUAAAUUAAGCAGAUUCCAUCGCCGCUUCAACCACCUUUCAAAACCGCUCGCCCGCUCCGACGAGUCUCCGGCCAGGCGGCCAUCCACUUAUUUAAUUACCUAUCCAUUUGCGGAAUCACAUCACAGUACAUAUAUAUGUGUUAGAAGAAUUGAUAUUAAAAAUGCGAGUUUAACCAGAUAAAAAUCCCGAGUUUAUACAAAUCACCAGACAAACCACCAAAUGCAAGAACAGAAAAUAAUAAAAAAAAGAUAGUUAGAAUAUAUUAAAAUAAAUAAAGAAAGGAUAAGUAAACUUAUCGCAGGAUCGCCCGUUAAAACGGACUGGCCUUGAAGAAAGAUAGCCCCCGUAUCCCGAUAGCUAUUCGGGCGGGUCUGACUAGCUCGCUCCCAGGAUAAUCCUACCACGUUUCAGACUUGUAGCUACCUUGACUGAAACCUUCGACCGUUGCCAAAUUCGCCGAUUAAAGAGAUGAGGAUUCAAGAGUAAGAAUUAACUCUUCCGAGUUGAAUACGAAAGGAAGUAUAUCUUUCGUGAAAAAUCAAGCUGAAAGACUCCACAAAGGAAAAAGAAAAGCCAAUGGUUUGCACUGCUACUUUUUGUUUUUCUACGUGAGUGAAGGAAGGAAUUUUUCUAAGGAUCAACUCUCCAGGAGAGCAAAUACUCACGUUGGAAAUCAGAUACAUAAACA